AUGUGUCUUGUUGGGGUCGGGGGUCUGAGGGGGAAGACCGACUCAAAUGCAAAAGGGAAUCUACGCUUCGGGUGUAGAGGAAUUCCUCCUAAGAAGCCAGCAAUGAUUGUGUAUCUGGAACAAGGGGAAAUGGCAUGGAGCCCAGCUCUGCAGAGACCUCAGAAGAAAAAGAGAAGGCGCCAAAGCCACAGCUUGGGUGAUGGGGCAAAGACUAAAACUAAAGACAGUUAUCCAAAACAGGAAAUUAAUGAAGAUACAGGAUCACAGAGGAUAUUAUCAGAAGGAAUCUUGGGGACUUUUGUCCAGGACCCAGAGUUUCAAGAAAUUUCAGACUGUGAAGGCAAGUUAGAAUUGCAGCAAGGAAGCACAGCAGGCAACAGACUCAGAACACCUAUCCAGGAGAAAUAUUUCUGGCAUGUGUCUCUUUUCCCCAGCAAUGGUACUGCAGAGCAGAGAAGCCAGGAGUGGAAAGGAAUCUUGGAUCUAAACUUUAAGAUGGUUCCACACCCAGGAAAUCUUUCAGGAGAAAGAGCUCAGGAAUGUGAUUCUCAUAAGCACAAUCAGGGACAAAACAUAUUAUCUUUAAGAUAUCAGCUACCCAAUAAUGAAGAGAAAACCUCUAUGGGUGGGGCAGCUGGCUUUUGUCAUUCAGGCAUUGAUUGCAGACAAAAGAGCAAACUAUAUAAAUGUUAUGAGUGUGGGAAAACCUUUGGAAGGAACUCAUACCUUAUUAGACACCAAAGAAUCCAUAAUGGAGAGAAGCCCUAUGAAUGUAAAGAAUGUGGAAAAACCUUCAGGGGAAGAUCAGGCCUGAGUCAGCAUCAGAGAAUCCAUAGUGGAGAGAAGCCCUAUGAAUGCAAAGAAUGUGGAAAAACCUUCAGAGGAAGCUCAGGCCUUAGUGAGCAUCAGAGAAUCCAUAGUGGAGAGAAGCCCCAUGAAUGCAAAGAAUGUGGGAAAGUCUUCACACAGAGCUCAAGCCUUAGAAAACAUCAAAGAAUCCAUAGUGGAGAGAAACAUGAAUGCAAAUAAUGUGGGAAAGCCUUCAUACAGAGGUCAGACCUUAGUAAGCAUCAGAGAAUCCAUAGUGGAGAGAAGACAUAUGUAUGCAAAGAAUGUGGGAAAUCCUUCAGGGGAAGCUCAGGCCUUUGGAAGUAUCAGAGAAUCCAUACUGGAGACAAGCCCUAUGAAUGCAAAGAAUGUGGGAAAGCCUUCACAUUUCGCUCAUACCUUAGAAAGCAUCAAAGAAUCCAUACUGGAGAGAAGCCCUAUCAAAGCCAAGAAUGUGGGAGAGCUUUUAGGCCUGGUGUAGUGGAAGGCGGGGUAGAGCUGGACCUGAUGCUCCCUGGGGGCUCACUAAGGAACUCCUCCAAAAAGGACUCACCAUCAAGUAGGACCAUCACUGAGCCAGAGGCCAUCUGGGUCUUACUGAUAGCUCUGGGAAUUCUGGGAAGAGUAGUCCCAUUGGUUCGCUACACUGGCGCCCAGACUAAGGUCCUGAAGCGUGAAAACGCACCACCUCAGCUGGCCAGAGAAGCCAUGAUGCGUGGGAUGCGUCACAGCCUGCGACUUGCAUCAACCCCACCCCUUCACGGCCCGGGUUGUUCGCAGGUGCCUCUCUAG